GUCCCGACCCUUUCGUUUCAAACCGCACCUCGACACCUCACAUUGAAUCCGAACUUGCGAGAUUGCUUAGCGCCUACAAUCCCCGCUUUUGGGAUUUUCGACAAUCGGAGGUUGUGGAGCCACCGACGGAAGGGACAACCGCCUACAACGGCGAAACAAGGAGCGACCGAGCGAGGACGGCCAGCCGAAGAGGGAGGGGAAUUGUCGGACAGGAAACAAGUCGAGCCCGCAGUCGGCGACGCGACGCAGCACUCAAGAAUCAGCAGCCACAGAAUUAGCGACAACUACCGAUACAACCCUGCGCCGACAUUUCGAAACGGGUCGCUGCCCUUCCACGCGUCAGCAUUUACCAUACCAUCAGCGCCAACCCGAUAAGGUCCCGACGAGGCCAACGCUGGAACAGGGCCACCGACAAGAACCCGAUCCCGUCUUCGCUACUUCCUGAUAGCCCGGCGUUAUCCCCCCCGCAUCUCAUACAAUUUUUCGACUGAGCAGGAACAGCGGUAUUAGCAAUCUAAGCAGGCUCGUCCUUACCUUCCGCCUGCUGGAUUCUCCGCUGGCGUUGUGCGGACGGAGAGCUGGUUAUGACCCAUGCUUCUCUCCUACGCAUGAACACGGGCCCUGCUGCAACCAUGGAUGCUAUUGACAGAUCGAAUACUAUGGGCGUGCCCAGCGCUCCUCGCACCAGUCAACUUUCUGGCUCAGCAACGUUCCCCACCACGAAUUCGUCCAGCUCGGUGAACUCGGCCUCGACUGCGCCGACCCCGCCAUCGAACGGCCAAGUUGUGGCAACGAGCAACAUCAUCAACCAGAAGGCUGAUGCCUCCCGAUCUCUCUAUCAAAUAUGCCUUUCGCUGAAGCAACGGCUGGCCAAGGUGCCAGGCUUCGAACCGUACAUGGAGCAACUCGAGCAGAUGGCCGCAGACCCUGAUGAAGGCGGGCCUGUCGAGUCUCUGUGGAAACUCCUGCGGACUGGUUAUCCGCUCCUUGCCAUAUACAACUGCCUGCAGCCGGAGACACCGUUGCAGGUCCAGGAAGGCCCAGAAGUGUCUCAGGCAAAGAGGUCUAAGAUUGCCAUCCUUCGGUUUGUGGAAGCUUGCAAGUCCAAGCUCAUGCUUCCAACGAGCGAAGUCUUCAUCAUUACCGACCUUGCUGGUAAUGAUACUACUGGUUUCGUAAAGGUAACCUCGGUGAUCAAUCAUGUUCUUGAUCUGGCAGAGCAGCGGGGGCUUCUUCUCCAGAUCCAACCAUAUCCGGAAGAUGAUACGAUAGAGUCGGGCUCGCAGAUGAGCUAUCGCGAUUACAUUGUGCGUGAGCUUGUCGACACCGAACGCAAAUACGUCCAGGAUCUUGAGAAUCUCCACGAUUUGAAGAAGACGCUGGAGCAGAAUGGGAUCAUCACUGGCGACAUUGUCCACGAUAUCUUCCUCAACAUCAACGCUAUCUUGGAUUGCCAAAGGAAGUUUUUGAUCCGGGUGGAAACGACAAACUCGAUGCCGCCGUCAAGACAGGAGUGGGGCAGCCCGUUUGUUGCGUAUGAGGAGACGUUCACUACGUGCUACCAACCGUUCAUCGCCAACCAGCGCAAGGCCGGACAGGUAGCCAGUCAAGUCUUUGACAAGAUCCAGGCGGCUGAUCAUCCUGUUGCCUGUGACUUCAAUACCCUCGAUGGUUUUCUAUUGAAGCCCAUGCAGCGCCUUGUCAAGUAUCCUCUCCUCCUGAAGGACCUCUUGAAGAAGAGUGAGGACGAAGCGACAAAGGCCGACCUCACAGCUGGAAUAGAGGCCGCUGAGCGCGUCCUUCAGAAAGCCAACGAGGCGGUGAAUCGGGACCUCCUGAACGAAGCAGUGAAAGACUUGGUCAACCGUGUCGAGGACUGGAAGAAACACCGAGUGGAUCAAUUUGGGGAGUUGCUACUGCACGGCGUCUACACCGUCGUUACGGGCAAGGGCGACCAAGAAAAAGAUUAUGAAAUCUACCUCUUCCAAUGCAUAUUGCUGUGUUGCAAGGAGGUUGUGCCGGGGAAGACCAAGGAUAAGAAAGACAAGACACGGUCGACGGGCCCAAAGGUGCGGAACAAGAAUGCAAAGCUGCAACUUAAGGGCCGAAUCUUCAUGACGAAUGUGACAGAAGUCGUCGCCAUGUCCAAGACCGGCUCGUAUACUGUCCAAAUCUGGUGGAAAGGUGACCCGGGGGUGGAGAACUUCACCAUCAAAUUCCAAAACGAGGACACGAUGAGAAAGUGGGCCGCGGGCCUUGAUAAGCAACGUAAAGAGAACGCACCGCAGCAUCGACCGAACACCGAUGCGGCAACGCAGUUCACUUAUCUUGACAUCGUUGGCUCGAUGGAGAACCCCUACGCGCAAGAAGCACAAGAAGAUGACGACGACGAACCCGACGGGAACAGCACGGCCUUGGCAACCACUCCCCAACAGAACACUCUUGCGGCGAUGCCAGGUACCAUCCAACGCAACACUUCGAGCACCAGUUUGCGUCAACGCUCGAUGACUGGUGAUAGCACGCAUUCUAUUCCGGCCAGUUCUAGGGUGCCGCCUCCUCGAUUCCCAAUGGCCCUCCCCCCCACUCCUCUGAGCGUUCAGACCCAGGGAGCUGGCCAAGGAUCACCGCUCCCAAAAGCUGGGGAGUCGUAUUUUUCGCCCCUUGUCGAGUCCCCGGCGUCCAGUCGUGCUAGCACGACCAGCGGAGUCUUUGCCAAUUCCGGAUAUCCGUUCCCAAAGACCACGACGCCUCAACCUUGGAAUUCAGAAGAUCGAUACACCGCUCCAGCGAUGCCUCGAGCUCCUUCCCGAGACGGGUCAUCGCCUGCCAACGGGUUUGGCGCUGCGAAUGGGCGCAACCCUCGAGGACCUUCAAUGCCGGUCAUGCCCCGAGAUAAUACGGCGCAGUCAAGCCAAGGCCCCGCGCGUGUUCGGAGCCACAGCACUCCAGACAUCAAUGGACAGGCAUCACGGAAUGCUCAGGCCAUACCCAACGUCCCCAGCAUCCCAGCUCAUCUCCAUCAGAAUCAUCCGCCUUACCAAACCCACGCACGGCAUGACUCAAACAUCCCACGCAGUAAUACGGGCAGCCCAGCGAAUGAACUGCCGCUGCGGACGAACACCAACUCACCUGGGACACAACGUGGGAGGCCAUAUGGAGGGACCAUGGCACAAUUCCCUACGCAACCGGUAUACCCUCGGCAAGGAACACCUGGGAGCGCGACAAAUCUGCCUCCACCUGGCCCUCCCCCACCCGGCGUCCCACCGCUUGCACCUGUGGAUCCAUCGAGGUCGAUCACUCAGGGACUCGGCACUGCACCCCUCACGUCGAGUCAGGGUGCGAUCCCGCCCACACCAGACAUCGCCAUGCCGAACCAGCUUAAGGUGAAAGUGCACUAUUCUAGCAAACCGAACACCUACGUCACACUGGUUGCGCAAUACAACAUUACCUACCAGAGUCUAGUCGACCGUAUUGACGUCAAGCUCGCUCGGCUCACCAACAGCAGCAUCGCUAGAGGCGACCUGAAGUUGCGGUACCAAGACGAAGACGGCGACUUCGUCACCAUCGAGAGCGACGAGGACAUUCAGAUUGCCAUCUCUGAAUGGCGCGAAAGCCAGAGCAACAUGCCAGGAGGGCUUGGCGAGAUUGAACUGUUCUGCGUCGGUGACCUGAACUGAUCAGCAAAACGAAGAGUUAGAGCGAAACACCAAACACAAGCAAUUCUGCAACGACGACGAAGAUUUUAUUCAGCGAUUAGACGGCGCCUCGGCUUUGGCAUUCGAUUUCGGUUUCUGCAUUUCGCAUAGUCUUCCACACAUCUACACGACUGCUUGGCCUACUCCUUAGUAUUGUCACGGCGUCAGGAGGGAUAUUUGGUCCUUUUCUUUUUCUCUGAACAACCAAGCAGCAAUCGGAUACCCCAUUCCUACGUGUGGCUCCCCGUCCGCGGCUCGGCUGAUCAUUGGUCUAACCAAACCGACAUUUCGACAUACGCAAGCCUAGUCGCACCAAAGAUAGCGACGCUAUUUCUACUUGGGUUCCUGGCAAUGGUUGGCUCUUUUAGAAGCUACUGAACCAACAUGGCUUUCCUCAUACCUUCGUUCCUAACAGGCUUCCAUAUCAUCUUGAUGACAACGCCAGGCUAGAGCAAGGGAUGUACAUCCGCAUCUUUUUUCCUUUGUUGCUUGAUCUUGUCCCUGGCAGACCUCGCCUACAUUUCCCUCCUUUAGCACUGUUUUUUCCUUGGAAACACAUCUCGCGAUUAUUUUUCUCACUUUAUCAACGGCGGGGCCUUCCCCGUCUCCUAUCCCCUCCCCAAAUUGUCUUUUUGGGGAUCUCGUGGACUUGGCGAAGCGAUCCAUCCCGAGUCCGUGUUACCUUACCUGUGCGGACUUGAUACGUCGUGUAUCGCCUGUGAAGGCAGACUAUGAAAGGCCUGAGACGGAGGAAGGCCGAGGAGAGGACAGCGGGGUAAAAGGAGACAGGUGAUGGAGGGGUGUUUAGCCGUGCUAUCUUGAUGUCCUCAUCUGGCUGUUCUGCUUGCUUGCUGUUUGUAGAUAGGAUGAAUACCCGGAGUGCAUUCCUGUCCUUAGACAUCUUUAUUUCCUUCUGUUCG